UGUGAUUUGUUGAUAGCAUCGAAAAAAAUGCGACGAGUGGGAAAUCUUAUGCAUCCAGCAUUGAUUCCUGUUUUUGGCCCAUCAGCUUACCAACAUGAUCCGGAAGAGAGGGUCGCUGCUUGUGAAAUAUAUGAAUAGUCUACAUAAUUACAUAGCGGAGUUAGUACGUCCUGCUGAGAGAGUGGUAAUACUCAGCGCAAGUUUCGGUUUCGAGAAACGUGAAAUAGGUACUUCGCCAUAUGAAUACUGCGUUUCCAAUAGCUUUCGUGAAAAUCAUGAAACUCAAUUAGCUAACGUAAAAUGGAUGGAAUUCAAAGGAAAUACAGUGUUUGGUGGAGGCAAUGGCUUACAAUUAUAUCGCUUAUUAGAAGAAAAACAAGUUCCUGUAAUGUUGCUUUUUCGGUAUGUUCUCGAAGGAGAUAAUUCGACUGAUGCUACGCUCAUAAUCCGAGAACUAAACGAUUUGUGCUCGAGCUUUUUACGAUUGGAAGUAGAAGAUAAAUCCAUAAAGCUAAUUGUUCCAGUAUCAUGGAAAUUACUGUUUGGAAACGACGUAACUUCUUUGAUUUUCUAGUUUAAAAUUUUGUUUAUAUUUAUUUUAAGGUGUGUGUUAAAACUACAAUUGUUUAAUAUAUUUUUUUAAAUACUUUGCUUUUUUCGCAUUAUACUAAAUUACACGCAUUUGUAGGGAUACAAUAAAAUAUGAGGCAAUUUCAGGACUUACCUUUCUUUAAAAUAUGUUUGGAUCGAUAAGCAGGUAAUGUUUUUGGGGAAUCAUUUUGAAUUUACAAAUUUGGUCGAUUUACGCUUAGUUCCCUUUCACUUGCUUAGAUCCAGUUCAUGUAGUUUAUUAAUGUAAUGGGUUAAGGAUAUUACAAGCAAAUAAACAAUGUCCAACCAUUAAACAUA